UCCGACAUGCGUCCUGUGGUUUGUUUACCGCUACUUCCCUAGCUCGACAGCUAACACCACCGAAAGCAGAGUCCGUCGAACCUCCUGUCCGGGGAUAUUAAGAUGUCUGCUCCAGUGCUUCUCAGGGCUUUCGUAAAGGAGCGACUGACAGCUGCAGCCGAGGAAAUAUUUCAGGUUUUUGAAAGAACAAUAGAAAAAUAUGAAGAAGAAGCUUCCAGCUCUAAACAGGAAAUUGAGAGGCUCAGAGGUCUGCUGCUGGAAUUUGUAUCAAACCACAAAAAAGACCUCUCUCAGCCGUCCAUCUGUAAAGAGGAAACUCCCCCCGAGCAGCAGCACUGUGAGCAGGAGCCGAGGCCUGGCGUCGAUCAAACGGACCCAGAGCCUCGACACAUUAAAGAGGAAGUUCAGGAGCUCUGGUCCAGUCGGCCACAAGAGCAAGAACAGGUUCGAGAGUUUAAGGAUGUUGAUGUCUUAUACCUACCUCAUUCAUCUGUCUGGGAGACGCAGGAGGACACAAAACCUCAGACUCAAAACAGUGAAAGUGAGGAGCAGUUUCAGGAGUUGCGAGAAGCUAAAACUGUACAGUUCAUGCUACCUUUUGCUUCCUCUCCGCCUUCACAAACUCAGAUCCACAAUGAGAGGAUUCAAGAUAGUAGGGAAAAUGAAAGACCUGCUGCAAGUUUUAUGUCAAACCAAACACAGACAGAACAAAGCCAGAGUUCCAUUAUCACCUCCAGAGAGUCUCAUUUGAAUUCAGUUGCACCUGACUAUCAUUGCUAUUUGUGCGAUAAAUCUUUCUCCUCCAAUCAUCACUUGACAAAUCAUGCUUUUCGCAUGCAUUCAAAGGACACAGGUUUUCUCUGUGCUGUGUGUGGAAUGACCUUAGAGUCCACCGAAAGCCUUGACGUGCACCUUAAAUCACACAAGGGCUCAAAAUGUUGUCACGUGUGUGGUAAACACUGCAACAGCACCACCGCCCUGGCCGAACACAUGGCCAGCCACACCGGCGUGAAACUGCAUCGCUGCCACGUUUGUGGGAAAGAGUGCAGCCGAAAAGGAGAUUUAAAGAUACAUAUGAGGAUUCACACAGGCGAGAAGCCUUUCUGUUGCUCUUACUGUUGUAAAAGUUUUACCCACAGCGGACAUCUGAGGAAGCACAUGAGAAGCCACACAGGAGAGAGACCGCACCGGUGUGAUGUCUGCGGCAAAGGAUUUCUACAGAGCGCACACCUAAAAUAUCACUUAGGGACUCACGCUCAGAAACACUGAUUUUUAUUUUUUUUUUUUUAUCACCCAGCAGAGCCCAUAUCUAUCAAGCUUCCAAGAUUUACACUAAAAAAUGUUUUAAAGAGCCAACAUAGGAGUAAAACAUUUCCUGGCUGAGUGUGAGCACUAAGAGACAUUUAUCAAAGGACUUACUAACUAACAUUUAAGAGCAACUCUUAAGUGAUCACAUGAUUAUUAACAUGUAUGCUAAGAGGAGGAUAGCCAAUCAGAGAUAACAAUUUACCCCACAUCUGCCAUAUUCUUCAUUCUUCUAAAAACUUCUUAUACUGAGAUAGAUGCUUUUAUUUUUUUUCAAAAUAAAAUUUGUUUGUUUGUUUGUUUGUGUAAAAUCCUUAAUAUCCCGUUAGAAAUGGAAAAACAAACUGGAGCCGGAAACACAUUCUGCAGCUGGUUUUCAUCAUAAAAAAAAUCACAAGGAGAAUUUAGUAAAACACUGACAAGAGCAGACAAUGCAGAUGCGUGGGACUUGAUAACAAAACCAAUGCCAGUUUUAUUUGUGUUGUUUGCACCCCUGAUAAAUGCAAACAAAAGAAAAAGUCGUGUAACAUCUUAUCAAAUGCAAAUUUGCAAAUACCAACUACCCAAUUUAAAAUCAUAGAUAGUUUUCCCCCUAACAUUAUUCAUCCUGACCAAUCAUAGUAUGAGUUCUUUUUAAUUUAAGACUCCCUUUAAGUAGUAAGAAUUUUGAUAAAUAGAAUUUAGUCUUAAGUUUGUGAGUGGGAAUAAAAGGGAAAUAUUUUUAGUUUUAUCUUUCACUAGAGAACAAAAUUUCACUGUUAGCAGUUUGAGAAAUAAUAGCCUCGAGGUUUACAAUAUGUUCCUCUUCAUUGUUGACAUGACCUUUUUUCUGAUGGGAAAUCAUUGCUCAUUAACAACUCACAGGAAUGUGCUUUCUUCCAGUAAGGCGCCAGAAUUUUGAGGAAUAAUACUGCUGUUAAAAACAAGAUAAUAAACCGUGUCUUUGUCAUUAGCCCUUUUAUUUGACAUCCUGUCAUAUGAACGAUGUCAAAUCUGUGUGUUGUUUUGUUGGUUAAGCCGAGACUUGUCAUAUACAGAAUUUAACCAAGAACAAACUGGAAUAAACCAUAAUUUAUCAA